CGUACGGCCAUUUGGACGAAUAAAUUAAUUUUGAGAGUUCGAUGACCGCUCGGAAUCGUUUUGUCCGUCAUUUCAUUUUUGAUCUAUAGAUUUUACAAAUCGACAAUUUUCAUAAGUUGUUUAUAUUCAUUUGGUGCCCAUAAGUGCAUUACAACAUUGUGUGAUAAGAAGUUUUUAAUUUGGUUUCCUGCAGGCGGGAUUUCAUAUUAAACAAUACCAAACAUGUCUGGAGAGCCUGAAGUGACCCGCACCCCUGAGGAGGAGGAAGAAGAAGAAAUCAAGUCCUCAUACCGACCGCCUCCAGAGAAGACUAUUGAUGAGAUUCUUGCCGCUGACCAAGAGGAUGAGUCGUUACGGAAGUACAAGGAGGCUCUCCUCGGAGAGGCGCAGGCUGGUGCUGUUAUUGUUGAUCCCAACGACCCUCGCCGAGUGAUCGUCAAGAAGCUGGCGCUGUGCGUCACGGGGCGGGACGACGUCGAGCUGGACCUCUCCGGUGAUCUCACCAAUCUUAAAAAGCAGGUGUUCGUUAUUAAGGAGGGUGUGCAGUACAGAAUAAGGAUUGACUUUAUCGUGCAGCGCGAGAUCGUGCACGGACUUAAAUACGUGCAGAAGACUUACCGACUUGGAGUACCAGUUGACAAAAUGACCCACAUGGUCGGCUCGUACCCGCCGAAGACUGAGAUCCAGUCGUACACCACUCCUCCCGAAGACGCCCCAUCAGGUAUGGUGGCUAGGGGCUCCUACACCGUCAACAGCCUCUUCACCGACGACGACAAAAACGUUCACCUGCAGUGGGAAUGGUGCUUCGAUAUCAAAAAGGAUUGGAAAGAUUAAGCUUGGUUAUUUUAUGAAAGGACCGACUGGGUUGGCUUGCUCGCGUAGGCUGCUCUGUGCCAUAAGUAUUGGUUAUAAAUGUACGCUCUAGGUGAUUGACAAACAAUUUGAUAUCGCUACUGAUGUAGAUAAGAUUCCAAUAUGGCGCUAUAUAUCUAGCCGGUAAUUUUGCGCUUUAUAUUACUGUAAAGUAAUCCAGAAAUCGACUAUUCAAUCACAGGCUAAGAGCAUUUAAUGACAGCAAUUGAUAGACUUUAUUACAAAACGCACAGGAAUAGUUAGUUCUGUGGCCUUAGCGAGACCAAUCCAGUCGUACGUGUCGAAAAUGGUGGCUGACUGAGAAUACCUAUUGACAAAUUAGUGUAAACGCUUUGUCAAACAGAAAGUAGGAUUCGAUCGAAAGUUCCAGAAAUAAUCUUCAAAGAAAUUGUAGUCUUGGCGCCGUUUGUGAAGUAACAAUUCACACAUUGACGAACACAAAUGCGAACCUAUUACUAUUAAUUAAAGUAUAUUUUUAUACGCACUCAAAGUUAAACACAUUUGUACAAAUAUCUCGCAUUUCCAUUGUAAGUUGUGUGUGAAUUCGCAGAUACUUUUUAUACAGCAAACGUUCAAAAUCAUGUUUUUGGCAAACGAUAAUGCUCAAUUGGUAUACUUUCCUAAUCGUUAUCCUCUAACUAUUUGACGAAGCCGAGUCAUUAGUAAUACCUACCUAUACAUAAAAUGAUAUGUAAUUAUGUGAUUGUAUAAUCGUGAUUUUUUUAAUUAUCUUCUAUUGUAUGUACUUUUCAGACGGAUUUGUGCUAAACAGUGAUAAAAAUACAUUUUAAAAAGACCCUCAUAAUAUUAAAAUUUUCAUAAAUCUUAUUUGCAGUUGGAAAUACUGGUACCUCUGUGGUCCGGUGCUACCAGUAUAUUGACUACAAUUUACAUUUAAAAAUAAUUACGUAGAUUAUAAUAAAAUAAAUGCAAUGUAUUUCCAUAAUUUUUCAUAUAUUACAAAGGAUGUAGCAAUAUAAUUAUUUAGAUUUAAAUUAGCUUAUCAUUAAUUUAGUUAUGGUCAAUGCAAUGUAUCUGUAACUGACGAUUCCUACGGCAACACCCUGUAAUGUAGGUCAGUUCACUGUUAACCUGAUAGUCGGCACUGUAUGCUUACACCGGCAUUCCUAACAGCAUUUUGGGCCAAGCUAACAAUUUUGGGGUCACCUUUAGUUACAGUAGACUUAAAAAUACAAUAAAUUUAGAUAUUACUCUAUUCUGAUUUAAUAAAUUUGCAGUAUUAAACAAUUUUUAAAAUAUUCGAUACCUAAUUGUGUAGGAGUAAAUGAAUAUUUAAUAUCUAAAUCCCGUACAAAAAUUUGCAAUAUAAUAAAACAAUAAUACUGCUCAGUGUUGCUAUAUAAUUGGUGUUUAUAAAGAAUGAUUCCAAAAUGUAUUAAUGUAUAAUUUAAUUUUUUAUUUUAAAUAAAAAUAAAAAUUGUCUAUGGUGCAUUUUAUUUGGUGACUACAGUGUAUGCUGUUUGACCAUUAUGGUAUGUAUGAUUUCUCAUUGGCAACACUGUUAUUGUAUAAUAUUAAUCAGAAUAGGGUUGCCAAACUUAAAAUAGUUUAAAAUAAAUAUUGUCUCAAUUUAUCUUUUUAUACAUUUCUUUAAAAUAGUAACACCUUUUAUUAUAUGAAGGUCACAGAAAUAUAGAAUUCAUCAUGUAAGUACCAAAAUAUAGUAUUAUAAAAUAUGUAAGGGUAUAGGUGCACCAAUUCAAAGAAAAAUCUAUUUUUAAUAUUUCACAUAUUGCUUCUAAUGUUAUGAGCUGAGCCAGUGAAAUCGUGGCAAUAAUAUAUGAAAAGAAAAGUAUUAUGUAUGUAUGGAAGCUAUUCCUUUUAUAGAGUAAAUUAGACAUUAAGUCGUUUGAAAUAAAGUACAUUUUUACCUAUGUAAAACAGACAGUGGUUGAAUUGUUGUUUGAAUCGAGUGAAAAUUACAUUCUCAUAAUUACUGCCGUUCUAAAAUAAAAUAAAUAACUAGCGAAGGUUUGCUCUUAAUCGGAUUAUGGCUAUAAGCGAGGCGGUUAUAUUGAUAGAGGUUUGGGCUGCCGUGUAAUGGAAUCUUAUAAAGCAGGCGUUAUCGAGGCUUUAUGGCAUCGGUGUGUAGUAAGUUAGAUAACCUGACGGAUAGUAAACGGCAUUUAAAUUGAACAAAUAUUGCUUAAGCGUGAGAAGUGGGUGCUUCAGUAUUAGGACUGGGUGCUCUACUUAUAAAAAAGGCUUCCCUUUUAUAAAUUUUAGGAUUAAAUACCCCCAUUUUUUUAAAUAUAUCUUGCAUUUCUAUUGGUCAGUAGAUGGACCCAAUGUUUGACGAAACUAUCAUCAUUAAAUACCACUCAAUAAAAUUAAUUGAUUCUAUAAUUAAUUGGUAAGUUGCAAUAGUUGGUCCAAAUAUUGGGUCCAAUAAUUUGUAUCUACAAUUAGUUCGUGCUAUUUUCAUAAGGAUUAAUUUGUAACGUCAGUAAUUUUAUUUCAAUAGACGUGUAAAGAUUUACGCAUUGUAAUAGUUUGGCCAAAAAUAAAGCUUAUUUAUUCAA